GGAGCAGUCUCAUCGCGCCCCCGCCGCGGAGCUGGUAUGCGGUAGGGUAGUGCCAUGUAUUGGAAGAGCGACCCGAUGUUCGUGUGCAGGCUGGAUGACAAGGAUCUUCCUGCGCUCGGCGGCCCCUCGGAGAAGGCGAGCCCCGCGGCGGCCGACGAGGACUCCUGCUCUUCCUCCGCCGCGCUGUCGCCUUCCUCCUCACCGCGGUCCAUGGCCUCGGGCUCCGGCUGCGCCCCCAGCAAGUGCGUGUGCAGCAGCUGCGGCCUGGAGAUCGUGGACAAGUAUCUGUUGAAGGUAAACGACCUCUGCUGGCAUGUGCGCUGUCUCUCAUGCAGUGUUUGCAGAACGUCUCUAGGAAGGCAUACCAGCUGUUACAUCAAAGAUAAAGAUAUCUUCUGCAAACUUGAUUAUUUCAGGCGGUAUGGCACCCGCUGUUCCCGCUGUGGGAGGCACAUUCAUUCUACUGACUGGGUCCGGAGGGCUAAAGGAAAUGUAUAUCACUUGGCGUGUUUUGCCUGCUUCUCCUGCAAAAGACAACUUUCUACUGGAGAGGAAUUUGCUUUGGUCGAAGAGAAAGUCCUAUGUAGAGUACAUUAUGACUGCAUGUUGGACAAUCUGAAAAGAGAAGUUGAAAAUGGUAAUGGGAUUAAUGUGGAAGGAGCAUUGCUAACAGAACAAGAUGUUAAUCAUCCAAAGCCAGCAAAAAGAGCUCGGACCAGCUUCACAGCAGAUCAACUCCAGGUUAUGCAAGCACAGUUUGCUCAGGACAACAAUCCAGAUGCACAAACACUUCAGAAACUGGCAGAAAGAACAGGCCUGAGCAGGCGUGUUAUACAGGUGUGGUUUCAAAAUUGUAGAGCACGCCAUAAGAAACAUGUUAGUCCUAAUCAUUCAUCUACUGCUCCUGUCACAGCAGUUCAGCCCUCCAGGCUGUCUCCACCCAUGUUAGAAGAAAUGGCAUACUCAGCAUAUGUACCCCAAGAUGGGACUAUGUUAACUGCUCUACAUAGUUAUAUGGAUGCUCAUUCACCUACAGCUCUUGGACUCCAGCCUUUGCUACCCCAUUCAAUGACACAACUGCCAAUAAGUCAUACCUAA